AUGAUGACAGUUUCAUAUUUUCAUCCUAUAGCCAUUUUAGACAGCCGUUAUACAAAGGAUGUAGAAUUAACUGAUAUUUACGCAUCUGUGAUUCAAAACAAAAGAGAAACAGUAUCAGUUGUUAAGGCCUUAUGUGAAGAUUUUCCACUGGAGAACCUGCAACAUCUGAAAAGAGUUAGGUCUUGUAAUGGCAAAGAUGGUCCUCUACAGGUGAUUGUUUGCCAUGACAGAGCAAACUCGAAUGUAGAAAAAGUUUUAUCAGAAGGAAAAUACAGCUGCUUAGGAAAACCAUUUCUGAUCAAAGUUCCUAGACUGAAACCACUGACAAGAAAGCAAUACGAAGAGUCAAAACUCUACUGGCCAGUAUCAUUUCAUGAGGAUAAAAAAGUGACAAAACUUUUAAACUUGUCCUAUUUUACAUCAGAUGAACUAAAUAAAAUGGGAAAACACAUACAGGAGGUGAUUCAACACAAGGAAAAUGGGAGGUCACUGAGUGCUUCACUGAUAGUUAAUCCCACAGAUGACAGAGUUCUUGCAAAGACUUGUGAUAGAAGACAUAUAGGUCACCCUUUGCAUCAUGAUGUUAUGUUGUGUAUUGACAAAAUUGCUCACAACCAAGGUGGAGGAAUGUGGAAUAUUGAAAAAGAUAUUGACACAGAAAGCAGUUCAGAUGACCAGUUCUCUACAACAAAACAGCAGGAUGAUAGCAGAGAAAUGUCAGAAAAUUCAUUAGGAAAAAUCAGUGAGGUGCAUAAUGUGCAGGCCAAGAGUGACAUGCAGUAUUUGUGUACUGGCUUUGACCUUUACACAACCACUGAACCAUGUGUUAUGUGUGCAAUGGCAUUAGUGCAUUCUAGAAUUGGAAGGGUGUUUUAUAUUCACUCUCAUGAGGAUGGAGGACUUGGUUCAAGAUUUCAGAUUCACACUGAAAAAGAUUUAAACCAUAACUUUGAAGUUUAUAAAUGUCAUUUACCUUUAAAAUAGA